AUGAGAUUCACUUCUGUUUUAAGACAAAUACCCAAGCUAAAAUUAUCGGAGGUUGUAGUAAGAGCUGGUGAAGGUUUGCCAACUGGUAUAACGGGUAUCUACAAACACCCCAACCCAAGACCCGCUCUUGUCACUUUAUACAACGAACAGUUGAAGGUGCUAAACGACAAGUUUCCAAAGGACUCAGUGUACAGACAAUCAGUAGAGCAGUUGACUAAAAACAGAUUGAAAGUUGUGGAACAAGAGGAAAUCACCGAGAAUAUUGAAAACAAGAUUGGUAAUGGAUUGAUUGAAGAACUCAUCAUCCAAGCUGCAGAGGAAUUAAACUUGAGUCAUGAAAUGUCUGCUUUGAAAUGUUGGGAAGAGUUGGAGGAAAAGCCAUUGGAUGACCAAUGGGUCUACUUUGGUAAGAAAAUCUAA